CACCAGCCCACCUGCUAUCCACACUCCAAGCUCAAUUGCAACCCCAUCAGCCUUGCCAAAACAACCUUGGACAAACCCGAAGACGAUCCGCAACGCAAAGUCCAACUACCAUGGCCGCGACCUUGUCCAGUAGUAGUAGUAGCAGUAGUAGUAAUAGCUACGUCGACUUCCUCGAGCAGGCCAAGCGCAACUUCUGGAUGAGCAACGCACACCUCACCGAAGAAGAGCGAAGCCACGCCUGGCUGCAGCUCGUGUGCCAGCCCCCGCAGGCCUCCAUGACCGACCAAAUACCGCGCUCAAUGCCCUGUCCCUCAUCAGACCUGACGCACCUCUCAAUGUCCACGUUCAACUCGGCGCCCGUCAUGGACCGCUCAGACUCGGCCAUGACCGACAACAUGCUCGACGCCGCCACGGGCGCCUACCACGACUACGCCCUCUACUCGGACGCGUCGAUGCACCGGCAGCCCGCCCUGCACUCGCUGUCCGAGGCGGCCGAGUACAGCGUCGACGAUUACGUCAGCGCGUGCAUGCAGCCCGACGGCACCUCUUCCCUCCCCUACCCCCAGCACUCACAGCAGCUGCAACUGACACCCACCCCGCAGUGGAGCUCAUCGCCCGAUGUCUCUUCACCCGGCAGCCCGUCAACGGCCCUGAUGACGCCUGUUACUCAGUCAAGUAACAUGAGUCGCCAGGGCAGUUACAACGCCCAGCUCUUUGAUCAAGUUUCCAUGUUGCGCGUCCAGUCUGACUCUUCCUGUAUCCUCCCCAUCCUCUGCGAGGAUGGGCCUUUUCCUUAUUCCUUUGAUGUUGAAUCCAAGCCCAUCAGCGAGUCCGCUGGUGUUUCUCAUAUUCUCAACUUCACUGGCUCCUCCAGUGAAGGUUUCCUUUCGUCUUGCUCUGUUUCUGCUUCUGUUUCUGCUUCUUCGUCUCUCGCCGCAAGUGCACCUGCACUUGCCUCUCCCGACACAACCCUCAGCACCAACAUCGACCAGUCGUACCUGGCGGAGGAUAUGCGGAGGUCGACUUCAGCCGCGUCGAGCGUGGGUAACUUGAGCGAGGUGUCCGCCUCGUCCUCGACGCACUCACGCCACUCGCAACGCGAGCGCGAAAUCAUCGCACAAGCUGCAUCGCGCAAGAUUGCCCCAAAGGCAGUCGGCAACCAUGCUGAGACCACGUCUGCGUCAUCCAAUGCUCAGAUGACAAAGAUACGGUCGGAAGAUGGCUCGUCCAAAACGGUUGGUGUGAUAGCUAAAACACCCUAUGUGCGGCCUCAGCACCCCAAGAUCAAGUGUAACUAUUGCAACGAGCGACCCGAUGGGUUCCGUGGCACCCAUGAACUCGACCGUCACAUUGCUCGUGCCCAUGCCUCGCGCAGGAAGGGCUACAUUUGCAUCGACUCGUCGCCGGACCAAAAGUUUCUCGCAAACUGUAAGCACUGCCGCAACAAGAAGGUAUACGGCGCCUACUACAAUGCUGCCGCCCAUCUGCGCCGUGCGCACUUCCACCCCCGCAAGAGGGGCCGGAAGGGCCAAAACGGCGAGAAGCGCGGCGGCAUUGGUGGUGGCGACCAUCCUCCUAUGGAGUACCUUAAGCAAAACUGGAUUCAGGAGGUCGAGGUCGACAACAAGCCCGCUCCGCAAUCGCCCGACAGCAACUCGGACAAUGACGCGCCUGAGCCCAUUGACACCAAGCCCUCGUUCGACUUCAGCACCCCUGCUGUCUCCGUCGCCCCUACCGCCGCCGCCGCCACCGUCGCCGCCACGCCCGCUGUUGUCGCGCAAUACCCUGUAUCACAGCCCAUGUCCAUGCCCAUGAUCAGCCAAGUCCCUGUUGACCCAAGCCAGUUCAUGGACUAUGGUCUGACUAUGCAUGCAAGUGAACCCAUGGUGUUCGACAACACGGCCUUUUUCGACCCCAACCUGGCUGCUGCCACCGAUCUCAGUAACUUUCAGUUUGACGCCUACAUGGGUUCUUAGGUGGGAUCCUAUUCUCAUUUUUUCUACUUUUCGUCUUUCGUCUUCGCCUCGGCGAUACCUUUUCUUUCGUUUCUUUUCCCACAAAGUACACACGUAUGAGGCAUGUUGAUGUACAUAAUGCCUGUUUCCUUCUUGUCUUUCUUCUUCCUUCUCGUUGAUCUCUAUUUUAAGGGUUAUUGUUUUUUUUCCUUUUCCUUUGGCGUUUCUGAUGACUGUGACCACCAGUCUCUCGGCUUCUAUGGAGCGAGAACUGCGGUAGGUCCGCAUCCAUUGGCGUUUUUUUGUCUCUUAAUGUUUUGCUAUACGAAAGCCGUCAAUGUGCGGGGCAGCCCUCGCUCGUCUUUUUUUUGCUGCUUUUAUCAUUUAUUUCGAAGCGUUUUUUUUUCUUCAAUUUUUCUUAUAAGCACACACUGUUGUGGGAUGCAAGAAAGAGAAGCCUGGUUGUUUGUGUGAGGAGAAGACAGACAUAUAUCAUGUGCUAGAUACAUAGAUCCGCA